AUGGAUCUAGUCGCAGGGGUUCGAAAAGAGGGCAGCCGCGGCGGCCGCGGCGAUUUCAAAUGGUCCGAUGUCAAAGAUUCCACGCACCGCGAGAACUAUCUCGGCCAUUCGGUCAUGGCCCCUGUUGGUCGCUGGCAGCAUGGCAAGGAUCUGUUCUGGUAUGCAAGAGGGGACGGUGACGACGAAGACCAGGCCAGGAAGGAGCGCGAGGAAAAACAGCACGUCAAGGAGGCGGAGGAAGAAGCGAUGGCACGAGCUUUGGGUCUUCCCAUACCACCGAAGGCCUCAGAAAACGCCAAUUUGGUUCCGUUAGGAGAUAAGGAGGUUCAAAAAACGCUACAAGAUACCGCUGGAGAAGACCCUGAGGACGGAACAGGGAAGGGCAUUGGGUAUGGCCCGUCCCGUCGUGGCGGCCAGACAGGGAUAGGGAGCGGGAGCGUAGACAUCGCAGACAUGGUGAUGAGCGCGAGCGUCAUCAUCGGAGUCAUCGCCGCAGAUCUAGGUCGCGCGAUCGUGACCGCGAUCGUGACCACGAUCAUGACCACAGGAGAAGGCGCUCACGCUCACGGUCCAGGAGUAGAGACAGGAAACAUGAUGACCACAGGAGACAGCGAGAGGACCGGCAUCGCACUUACCCAAGAGAGAGAGACUCUUCUGACCAUCAUCGACGACGCUGAGACCAAGCUCACUGCAACUUGA